AUGCUGGACGUUGCUCGACAGCACUUACCUACUCUCAAGAAGACGGCUAUCGCAUUGGGAAGUGCGUACGCUGUCCAGCGAUAUAUUCGUGAUAGGCUGGAGGAGACGCGGGAUGGGCUGGAAAGAAACAGAAGAGCGAGGGAUGGCUUGAAACGAAGAUUUCGACAAACGCACGAGGACAUCUCGUAUGCAGUCUUGGCUCUGAUACCGACGCUUUCUGAGCAGAUCAUGGAGGGCAUGGACGUCGAGGCACUCAUUCAAGAACUGCAGAAUUUUGGCAAGGCUCGGCUUGUGCCUUCGCCAAUGAAUGUGGAGGAUGAACAUGGGAGCCCACGGAGUAUGUCGUCAAGCAUGAGUGUAGUGUCAGAGGCGUCGGUCGUCUCUCUCGGGAGCAGCAGUGAGAUGAGCUUUCAGCCGGAAUCGGAUAUGUCCAUAUCGGCCUCUGUGUCUUCAAUAUCGCCUUCAGAGGUGAGUCUACCUGACUCUGCCGCCUCGUCAACAUCUUUCUCCUCACCCAAAACCAAAGCUUCGUUAUGGAACGCUGUGAAAAUACUCAGUCUUACUCGUACUCUCACCCUCAUAUACACCACCACUCUUCUCUCUCUGCUUACCUCCCAACAACUCACUCUUCUCGGACGCGCAAGGUAUUUGUCUUCUGUGCUUGCGACAGCGCGGGAGGAACGAUUGGCCGAGAGCAUCGAGGAGCAGCUAUCAAUAACGGGUUUACUCUUUGGAAACACGGGGGAGGAGAUGGAGGAGCUCAUGUCAGGGAAUUUAUCUGUGCUGUUUAGCGACCUCCCCGAAGGACCAACUGAAGAUACAGAAGCGAGAUUUCUGACGAUGAGCUGGUGGCUGCUUCACGUCGGUUGGAAGGAUGUGGGUGAAAGAAUCAGGACAAGCGUGGAGGACGUUUUUGAGGGGGUAUCCCUUAAGACACGACUGACGCUUCCAGACCUUCAUCGACUUGUUCUGAACGUGCGGCGGCGGAUUGACCUCAUUCUAACCGUUGUUGCUUGCACUAGCUUCCGACGCACUCUUCUUCCACCUACGCCAGAACUGACUGCCCAUGUCCUUGCACAAGGCGGGUUCAGUCGUUCGACACCACCAUUACCAUCCAUCAGCGACCCUUCAUCGCAUACAUGGACUAUCUCCACCUCCGCGGCACCGAAUCUAUCACAACUUUCAUCGCUACCACCUGAAGACAAAUCUCUUAUGCCUCUAUUCGAAGAGCUUCAUGGGAUUUUGCAGUCCGUCGAUUUUGGUCUCGUCCUAGAUCGUGCUCUGGAUACAGCGGUGGCGAUCCUGUUUGCGGAUCUAGAGAGAAAUGUCUUUCCCUCUUCAAGCGUCGGGGAUGUAACAGAAGAACCACGGAUGAAGUUAGCAGGAUUACUCCCUGCCCUCCAGCAUUGGAGUCAGGACGCGUUGAAGGGAUUGCCGUGUGUACUAGUUGAUAAUAUACUUUCUACGCGAGAAGUGGGGGCAUUGGAGGCCAUCGUGUUUGCCAGGUUUGAGGAUGAUGUGAGGGGGAGGUAG